AUGGCUCCUCCAAAGGUCUUUCUAACUGGGGCUACUGGUUACAUCGGCGGUGACGGCUUGUACGCCAUCGCCACCGCUCACCCGGACUGGCAAUUGUCGGCCCUUGUUCGUAGCAAGGAGAAAGCUGCUCAAGUCUCUAGCAAGUAUCCAGGAAUCCGUAUUGUUCACGGAGAUCUGGAUUCCGCGGAUAUCAUCGAAGAGGAAGUCAAAAACGCCGACAUUGUCUUCAACUUUGCCGAUUGCGAUCAUGUCGCAGCUGCCCAAGCCAUCGCCAAGGGCGCUCAGCAGCACACCCCAGACCAUCCACUGUGGCUGAUCCACACCUCGGGCACGGGCAUCCUGACCGUUGAGGACAGGCGUGCCAACACAAUCGGUAUCGAGCGUCCUAAGGAAUACAACGACUGGGAAGGAGUGAGCGAGCUAGUCAACCUUCCGGCAGACGCCCUCCAUCGAAACGUCGAUGAGAUCAUCAUCAAUGCUGGCAAGAGUAACCCAUCCAACGUCCAUACAGCUAUCGUGUGCCCACCAACAAUCUACGGUCCUGGCCGGGGCCCUGGAAACACCAAGAGUGUCCAAGCCUACAAGUUGAGCACCGCCGUCCUUUCUCGCGGCUCCGGCAUUCUGAUCGGUAAGGGCGAGAAUAUCUGGCAUGAGGUUCACGUCCAGGAUCUGAGCAACGUCUAUCUCGCCUUGGGUGAGGCUGCUGCGGCUGGAGGUGGCAAGGCCACCUGGAACGACGAGGGUUACUAUUUGGCCGAAAAUGGAUCCUUUGUCUGGGGAGAUAUUCAACGCGAGGUUGCUAAGCAGGCUCAUCUGCAGAAAUUCAUCGAUUCGCCUAACGUGGAGGAGCUAGAUAUUGAGGAAGCCAAGAAGGCUCAUCCUGCAGGGCCCUAUCUCUGGGGUACUAAUUCUCGUGGACAUGCAAUUCGAGCCCGCAAGCUUUUGGCUUGGAAUCCCCAGAAGCCGAGGUUGAUUGAUUUGAUUCCAGAUAUUGUUGCGCUUGAGGCAAAGGAUCUUGGCCUGCUUUGA